AUGUCCUUCAACGAGAUUAAAGGCCGUCUGGCUCUCAUCACCGGCGCAUCAGGAGGAAUUGGUGCAGCAUGUGCACAUCAACUUGCGCAUCAUGGAGUUCACCUCGCCUUGACAUACUCCACCAAUUUGUCAUCCAUGGAAGCUAUUGUCACCGACAUUCAAUCCAAGUACACUCAGCACAAGCUGCGUAUAUCAAUCCAUCAAGUUGACGUUGGAGUUGUUGAACAAAUCGAGGAUAUGUUUCAGCAAAUUGAUGCUGAACAUGGCCAAAGACCCGACAUCCUCAUCUCGAAUGCGGGAUAUGGGAAACGGAUUCCUGACGUUUCGGAAAUAUCACUGGAAGAGUUUGAUUACACCAUGAAUAUUAACCUCCGCGCUUCGUUUAUUAUGGUCAAAGGUGUGGUGGAUUAUAUGAAAACCCAGAAAUGGGGUCGUAUUAUAUUCAUGUCAUCAAUCGCUGCACAAGGGGGCGGGAUCAACGGAUGCCAUUAUGCAGCUUCCAAAGGUGGCCUCUCUGGUAUGAUGAAGAACCUCUCGACUCGCCUUGCAGAGCACAACAUUAGUGUUAACGACGUUGCGCCGGCAAUGAUUGGUGACACUGGCAUGCUCUCCAAUGCUGCUGCAUUCCCAGAGGUGGCGGCGAGUAUUCCACUGGGGCGACUUGGAACGCCAGAGGAGACAGCGAAUGUAGUCACAAUGCUUGUGAAGACUGGAUAUAUGACGGGUCAGAGUCUGCUGCUGGCUGGCGGGCUGAAAUGA